AUGAAAGGCUAUCUCAGCCUAUCCUUGCUCCCGCUGCUCGCGGCUGCGUCCCCUGUGGUCGUUGACUCCAUCCACAAUGGAGCUGCCCCUAUCCUCUCGUCCUCGAACAACAAGGAGGUUCCAGACUCAUACAUCGUUGUGUUCAAGAAGCAUGUCAAAGCCGAGUCGGCCGCUGCUCACCACAGCUGGGUGCAGGACAUCCACAGUGCUCAGAACGAGCAUUUUGAGCUAAAGAAACGGGGUCUCUUUGACUUCACCGAGGAGACCUUCUCUGGCCUGAAGAACACUUUUGACAUCGCUGGAACCCUUGUGGGCUACUCAGGACACUUCCAUGAAGAUGUGAUUGAGCAAGUUCGCAGACAUUCUGACGUCGAAUACAUUGAGAAAGACUCUGAGGUCCAUACAAUGGAGGACAACACUGUGGAGAAGAGUGCACCAUGGGGUCUCGCUCGUAUCUCCCACCGUGACGGCCUUUCUUUCGGUACAUUCAACAAGUACCUGUAUGCGUCAGAAGGCGGUGAGGGAGUUGAUGCUUACACCAUUGACACUGGUAUCAACAUCGAUCAUGUUGAUUUCGAGGGUCGUGCCCAGUGGGGAAAGACCAUACCUACCAAUGAUGAAGAUCUUGAUGGCAACGGCCACGGAACUCACUGCUCUGGAACUAUUGCUGGCCUGAAAUACGGUGUUGCCAAGAAGGCUAACCUCUACGCCGUCAAGGUGCUGAGAUCGAGCGGUUCUGGUACCAUGUCCGAUGUCGUCGCUGGUGUUGAGUGGGCUGUCAACUCUCAUCUCAAGAAGGCCAAGGAUGCUAAGGACGGUAAGAUCAAGGGAUUCAAGGGUAGUGUUGCCAACAUGAGUCUCGGUGGUGGCAAGUCUAGAACCCUUGAAGCUGCCGUCAAUGCUGGUGUCGAGGCUGGCCUUCACUUCGCUGUUGCCGCUGGUAAUGACAAUGCCGACGCCUGCAACUACUCCCCCGCAGCUGCCGAGAACCCUAUCACUGUUGCGGCUUCGACUCUCCAGGAUGAGCGGGCGUACUUCUCCAACUAUGGAAAGUGCACUGACAUUUUCGCUCCUGGCCUCAACAUUCUCUCCACUUGGAUUGGUUCCAAGCACGCUGUCAACACCAUCUCGGGAACCUCGAUGGCCUCUCCUCACAUUGCCGGCCUGUUGGCUUACUUUGUCUCCCUCCAGCCCUCCAAGGACUCUGCCUUUGCUGUGGACGAGCUCACUCCCAAGAAGCUUAAGAAGGAUAUCAUUGCCAUCGCCACCCAAGGUGCCCUUAGCGAUGUUCCAUCCGACACUCCCAACCUCCUUGCCUGGAACGGUGGUGGCUCCUCUAACUACACUGACAUUGUCACAAGCGGUGGUUACAAGGCUGCUUCUAGCGUUAAGGACCGCUUCGAGGGUCUGGUUCACAAGGCCGAGAAACUUCUCACUGAGGAGCUUGGUGCUAUCUACAGCGAGAUUCAUGAUGCUGCUAUUGCUUAA